CCCAGGCGGUAGCGGCGGCGGCAGCAGUGGCGACAUGAGCAGCGGGGCGGCGUCCGGGACAGGGCGGGGGCGGCCCCGGGGCGGGGGACCUGGGCCCGGGGACCCCCCACCCAGCGAGACACACAAGUUGGUGGUCGUGGGCGGCGGCGGCGUGGGCAAGAGCGCGCUGACCAUCCAGUUCAUCCAGUCCUACUUCGUGUCCGACUAUGACCCCACCAUCGAAGACUCCUACACGAAGAUUUGCACUGUGGACGGCACCCCCGCCCGUCUGGACAUCCUGGACACCGCCGGCCAGGAGGAGUUUGGUGCCAUGCGGGAGCAGUACAUGCGUGCGGGCCACGGCUUCCUGCUGGUGUUUGCCAUCAACGACAGGCAGAGUUUCAACGAGGUGAGCAAGCUCUUCACGCAGAUCCUCCGCGUCAAGGACCGAGACGACUUUCCCAUCGUGUUGAUCGGGAACAAGGCGGAUCUGGAGGCACAGCGUCAGGUCUCUCACGCUGAAGCCAGCGCCUUCAGCGCCUCCCACCACGUGACUUACUUCGAGGCCUCGGCCAAGCUGCGCCUCAACGUGGACGAGGCCUUCGAGCAGCUGGUGCGGGCCGUGAGGAAGUACCAGGAGCAGGAGCUCCCGCCCAGCGCGCCCAGCGCCCCCAGGAAGAAGGAGGGGGGCUGCCCCUGCGUCCUCCUGUGACAGGGUGCAGGUCAACCAGCACUAGCUCUUGGGACCAGCUGCCCUCGCUGCGCCUCCUUCUCCCCGUCCGGGUCUCCAGGGACACACUACACCUCACCCUUCCCUUCAUCCCUGGCCGCCUCUGGGCCUCCGCCACUGUGUGCCUUCUGCCCACACUUCUGUUCCCCACCCAAGCCCCUGGGGGGUGAGGGGCUCCCGGCAUCCGGGUCACUGCUGUAUAUAAUCUCCUCCAGAGAAAUAAACGUCACUGCCAAUGUC